AAGGAAUGGGAUACUGCCGCGGGCAAGGACAAUGCUCCCGUCUCUCCUUUGCCAAUGUCCCCGGAUGCACGACACGUCACCGUUCCCAUGCGCAUCGCUUGCUACUGCCGUCAUCAUGGUGAGAAGCUUGGUUUCCAGGUCAUCUUCACCAUCAAGACCUCGCAAGGCCAGCUCAUCGCACAGGCCAUAACCCAGCCAAUCAUCAUUACUGAUGAUCACAAGACUGCGACAGCUCCUGGCGCUCUGCCCCCGACUGUACACUACGGUGACCCUAGCUUUGGUCCAGGAGAUCCCUACGACAACGAGCGAACCAUGAUGCGACCAGAGUAUCCUCGACCGUAUCACUCGGCUACGGACCUAGCUGCCAUGGCUCAGCAGUUCUCGCCCUAUUCACCUCAGCAAGGCAUGGGGAAAGUCUCCGGCUAUCAAUCUCACGCUAUGCAUUCCCGCAAUGCCUCCAGGCAAGCGUCGCCUUCAGCCCAAACUGGUCCAAACAAGAAGCGUAAACCCAGCGCUUCCGCACACCACAAGAUCCCGUCGGGGCUAAGCAUGACUCGGUUGGAUGAGAUGGCCUCCCGUCCCAUGCCUGGCGCUCCGCUUUCGGCCGGGUUCAAUGGCCUCCCUACUCCCCUUUCACUUAACACGCCCCCCUUCAUGCAGUCACCAGAAGCUCCAAUGAUCCCAUCGUCGAUGUCAGUGCAGAAUAUGAACACUGCUGCGAGAUCAAAUCCGAUGGGAGCUUCGAUCCCGGCCCCUCUAAAUUUCGAGCCUCACAACCCGCAUAUGAACUUCGAUCCGUCGAUUCCGGACCCUGGUGCAUAUUUCUCCACUCCGAACUCUGCCUACGCCAGUAGAUCUGGGAGCCCCACAGAACGGACCAUCGCCAAUACGCAAACUGGGUACGAUCGUGGAAUGCCCCAGGUAAUGACUCCAAUGCCGACGCUGCACCAAUUCCACCCGUCUCAAGAGCGGCCAUUCCAGACGUUCCCAAACGCUCUGUCCAGCCCAACGAAUACCACCGCUCAGCAGGUGCCGCCAGCCAUCAAUAAGAUCAUUCCUGAGCGAGGGUCAAUUAAUGGCGGCUACGAGGUCACUUUGCUUGGUAGCAGCUUCCAUCGCGGCAUGGAGGCUAUGUUUGGCGACCAGUUGGCGACUACAACCACCUAUUGGGGCAACAGCACGCUGGUGUGUUUGGUGCCUCGUGGCACACAAGUUGGAGAUGUUAUUGUUUCCCUUGUUUCGAGGGCGCCAGACGGAACGCCGCAACGCCUCCCCCAAUCUUGCGGUAGAUUCACAUACGUUGAUGAUGAGUUGGCUAGGCUAACGGAGUUAACGAUGCAAGUAUUGGCUCAGCAAUCGAACGGAACCGGUUCCGAGAAAGAAAUAAUGAGGAGCAUAUUAGCAGCUGCCCAAAACCAGAGUAGUCAAGGGGGUUACUCGAGUAAUGUUUACCAAUCCGGACGCCAGCACCGACAAGCUGCUCCGACAGACAAGGCGGCUACGGAAGAGUCAUUUUUGGAGAUUCUGAAUGUUUUGGAUAUGCACGACGGCAUCUACCUCCCCCAGUAUAACCUGCAGCUCGAGAAUGGGUCCACCAUGCUGUCCUUGGCAGCGGGUCUCGGCUUCACUCGUCUUGUUGCCGGAUUGCUUGCUCGAGGUGCUGAUCCCGACAUCCGAGACAAGGGCGGAUACACAUCUUUGAUGGUUGCUUCGAUGCGUGGCCAUACCCAGAUCAUACGACGCCUGAUUCUCCGAGGUGCAGACCCGACCGUUCGAAGCCUUCGUGGUUACGUGGCUGAAGACCUGACACCGAGUGCGGAGGUAUCUGAUAUGCUACGCCGAACUCCAUACCAUUCAAGGACUCGGAGUGCUGGAGCCUUGUCGAUGCGUAGUCGGGCCAGCAGCGUUGCAUCCACGAGAUCGCUCUGGGAAGGACCUUCUCAGGCUUCCGCGAGUACAUAUUCAUCUGUGGUAGACGCAGACGCGGGUGAGAGCAGCACCGGUGACGAGAACAAUGACACCGAGGAGCCCAUGGUAUCUAACGCCUGGGUUCGCUCGCGCCGCAACAGUUCUGCGGUCCACAUCCAACACCCUCGCUCUGUGGUAUUAGAGCCGGAGCAACAGCCUAUUUCGGCUGCCGCAGUCGUGAAUUGGGGCAAUCAACUGGCAGCUCAGAUCCAGCAGUUCCAGCAGAACGUUCGCACAUUCCAGCUUCCUGUGAACCUUCAGGACUAUCAAGACUCUCCCGUCGUUCGUCGCAUCAGCUCCCUCGUUCCUCACAGGAUGCAGGUCCCGCUCCGCACCGAGUCUGACUCCAGCAACGCUACUGUCGUUGAAGAGCCUAGCUGGCGCAACUACCUCCCGUUCCAGUCUGCUCCAUCGCCGCCUCCGCCAUCUUACGACCACCUGUACCCAGGACACGGGGAGAGCAGUAACAUUGUCAAGAAGCUUAACAACGUCGCCGAAAAGCUACUUGACCAAAAGGCUGCUACGAUGGAAUCGACCGUUGAAGCAUCGUCGAGCGUUACACCAGUCGUCAAGGGCAAGUUAGACGUCCGGAUUGGCCGCAAGCCGCUGUCGAAGGAGAAGCAAGAGGCGUUGCGUGAAGCACAUGCGCAGCAGCUGAUGAGGAUCACCACGGACAGGAACCUAUGGUUCUUCUGGUUCCCUCUCCUCAUCGUGAUCGUCUGCAUGAUGCUUUACAACCUCCUGCCCAGCCUCUUCUCGGGCAUCUCCUCGGUCGCAACCUCGAUCGGCUCACGCAUCAUCCACCGCGUCGUCGAGAUUGCCUAGCCCUUCUUUCUUUCCUGGCGUUACCCCCUGUACGAUACGAAUACCCCCUACCAUACCCUGGACACGCUUACGCGAAGGCUAGAGAGCCGGACUUCUUUCCUCGCGGUUUUUAGAACCGUAGUUCAGGCUUUAUUUCCCUUUUUCCUUGUAGUUGAGGGGGGUGAAAAAAGUGGGUUGAUGUGUGGAUCGUGUUUUGAGUGGGUUUGAGUUGCUGAAGAUGGGGUUGUUUCUGGUGAGGUUUCU